AUGUUUAAAGGUCAGGCAAAAAUUUCGCUCAGGAGGCUAGCUACCACCACUCUGAGUAAAUCUCUCUUACGCUCUGCGAAAUCAGUCCCGGUUAGAAACAGUACCUUUUCUGUUGAAAAUUUUAGCAAGCAACUUAAGAAUGCUACUGGAGCUAUGACUGUCUUGACUUUAAUCAUGUUAGGUUGGCCACCAGCUGUAGUUACAGUAGCUAAAUUUGUUGCCUCGACUCCAGUGGACACUACAGCUGCAGUACAUAUAGUAGACGGGAAAGCUGAAGUUGAUAUCCCUCAAACAUACGCUAAGUUUUCUGUAGGAGGAGAUGAUGACGAAUAA